AUGUUCUUCAACAACGUAACGAAAGCUGCCCCAGAUGUCAUGUACCACCUCAAGGUACAGGCGGAUGGGGACACCAGUCCAGUUAAGGUCGAUCUCGGUGUCGGCAUCUACCGAAACGAGCAGGGCGUUUACAAUGAGAUGAAGGUGUUGAAAGAUGCUAAAAAGGACAUGGCUGCUGCCAAUCCUGAUCACGACUAUGAAGUAACCACCGGCAACACUAGCUUUCUAAAGAAUGCAGCGAAGGUCGUUUUCGGCAAAGACUCAACUCUUCUGCAGGCAGGCCGAGUCGCCUCUGCCCAAACCAUUUCUGGUACGGGAGCAGUGCACAUCGCCUUCUUGCUGCUGAGCCGCUCCGUCCCUGGCAUGUCAAAGGCCGUUUAUGUAGGAACACCCACCUGGGGGAAUUACGUGCCCAUGCUUGACUUGGUCGGUCUUGAGGUCAGAACAUACCGGCACUACGAUCCCAAAACCGGCACCGUUGACUGGAAGUCGGUCCUGAACGCUGUGCGCACUGCUGAGAAAGGCACCACGUUUAUUCUCCAAGGUUGCUGCCACAACCCGACGGCGGCAGACUUCACCAAGGAGCAAUGGCGGAUACUGGCCCAAGAGAUGAAGAAACGCGAACUGUUCCCCUUGUUCGACAUUGCGUACCAGGGCUUGGGCAACGGUCUUGAAGAGGACAUCUACAGCGUUCGACACUUUGCCGAACAGGGAUUCGAGAUGCUUGUGUGUCAGUCAUUCUCCAAGAACUUUGGGCUAUACGGCGAGAGAGUUGGCGCGGUGCAUGCCAUCUGUCCCAUGGCAGAUAUCACCGCCGCGGUCCACGACCAGCUCCGUUUCCUGAUCCGCACUGAGUUCUCUUCCUCGCCGGCGUAUGGAGCGCGUCUGGUUGACAUAGUACUUUCCGAUCCCUCAAGGGAAGCUGUCUGGAGAGAAGAGCUCGAAGCCAUUUACGAGAGGCUGCAGGGGAACAGAGCCAAGCUUUCCAAUCUUCUCAUCAAUGUCUACAAGACCCCAGGUGACUGGAGUAUUAUCACCAAGGGAACCGGUCUUUUUAGCCUCUUGCCACUCUCCCAGGCCGAAUGCAAGGAACUCCAGGACAAGUACCACAUUUACUUAGUAACCAAUGGACGAGUUACAAUCUCUGGAUUGAACGAGAAGAAUAUUGAUUAUGUGGCAAAGUCUAUCGACAAGGUUGUCAGACAGUCACAGUUGGGAAUUAGUUCUAAGAUCUAA